CAGGUGGCUCCGGGCCCGGCGCAUGUGGCGCCACAUCGCGCGGCACGAGCUGGCGCAGUACGACUGGUUCGUGGCGGUGGACGACGGCGGGUUCGUCGUCCCAGAGAAUCUGCGGCGCCUGAUCGUCGCCUUCGUUGGGCCAGGCCCCGGCCCCGUCCCCGCCGGCGCGGCGGGGCGGCCGCUGUACCUCCUGAGCGAGGGCGGCGGCUGGGGCUACGUGCUGAACGCCGCAGGGGUCCGCGAGCUGAUCGGCGCCCUGGACGACGCCAGCGGCCGCUGCCCGAGGCCGUCGCACGAGUACGACGCGGGCGUGGUCGAGGAGUACGGGACGGUGCAGCGUUGCCUGCAGGA